ACAAAUGCAAUGGUACACAACUUUACCAAUUGAGAAUCACAUGUUUUAGUUAAUAAACAACAAUAUUUUGUCUUAGGAAACCACAUGUUAGUAAUAAAUAAAUAGUAAAUCAUAUAACAAUAACAGUCAAUAUUAUUCUUGUAGGAGUAUUAUCAACAUUUUCAAUACUGCAAGAGAGUCAUAAAAAUAUUAUUUUAAAGUAAGAGACGUGUACCAGUAGUUUUACAUAGUAAACAGUUAAUAUUAUUGAAAUACUCUGAUGGGUAUUUGUGUUGUGUGGUUUGUUUUUUCAAUAAUAACUAUUUAUUUUCAAGUUACAGAUCAAGUAGAAUUCACCUUUGAAUUGGUGGAUAAAGCUAAAGAGUGUUUUUAUGAAGACAUUCAACAAAAUACUACCAUCAAUUUGGACUAUCAGGUAGUGACAGGGGGGUCCUAUGAUGUGGAUGUUACAGUGGAAGAUCCAACACAGAAUGUUAUCUACAGAGAAGUGAAGUCACAGCACAAUUCGUACAAUUUUAAAAGCCCCAUGAAAGGGAUUUACAAAAUCUGCUUCAGCAAUGAGUUCUCGACAUUCAGUCACAAAUUGGUCUACAUGUAUCUGCAAGUGGGAGAGGAACCGUUAUUGCCUGGAAGGAAUAAUCAUACAACAGUUAUGACCCAGAUGGAGUUGUCGAUACAAGAAAUUCAUGAUUCACUGAGGAGUACGUUGGACCAUCAGACUUAUCUUCGGUUGCGUGAAGCUCAGGGCACGAAACGAGCAGAAGAUCUCAAUGACAGAGUACUCUUGUGGUCACUGAUCGAAACUGUAGCAAUUCUCUUUGCUUCUAUAGGUCAAGUGUUUAUGCUGAAAAACGUAUUUUCAGAAAGAAAACACAUACAUUAUAAUCGUUUAUAAUGACAACAUUUUGGAAAUUGGGCCAUUACUGUAAUUAUUAUUUGUGUGCCAAACUUUGAAGACUGAACAAAUACUAUAAAGUUGUCUAAAAUUCUGUAUGAAGGAUUAUCUAUUUUUCAAAAUGUUUAUAUUUCUUUUCCAUAUUGUAAAAUUUGCCUACUUUAUAUUCAAAUUGUGUUUUUUAUGUGUAAGUCUAUGUAAGGAAUAAUUUAGUUUGUGUGUGUUACACACAAGUGAAAUUAAACUAUGGAAUUUCAUAGAUUACACUUACAGAAGUACUAUCUGCAUGGUACCGAGGCCUGUUUAACUUUGAAUUGAAAAUAAAUAGAAAUUCAUUGCGUUAAGUUUUCUAGUUUGAUUGGAGAAAAGUAAAAAAAGUUGUUCUCAUUCCACCCAUUUAUUAAAGCUAUUAGUGCUAGUCGCCAGCCCUAAUAUCUUGAGCAGAUUAUGGAUCUAAAUGACAGGCCAAGACUUACUUAAAAUGCUACAGAUCAAAUGGCCUGAAGGUAAUCUAUACCACUGUCUUUUCGCUAAGGUACCGGGCCGUACAAUUUGUGUAACCUACCUUAGAGAUAUAGAUAUACUGGUCUUAUAAAGUUUAAUUUUAUUUUAAAUAAGUGUCAGCAUAAAUUCACUGUAGGUAAAAUUUACAAUAUGUUAACCAGAAUUUGGCAUCAGUCACUUUUUCCUGUUAGAUCAUUACUUUCAAUUUAUUGUGUGUUAAUCUUUACAAUCCUGUUACUUUUUUAUAAUAAAACUAGGUAAUGAGA